CCUCGAGUGGCCAGAGUUGGUCCGGCUUUAGGGGUUGGAAUCCGCGCAGUCCAGCUCCUCCCGCCCCCGGGAUGGCGUCCCCACGGGAAUUGACCCAAAACCCCCUGAAGAAGAUUUGGAUGCCGUAUAGCAAUGGGCGGCCCGCCCUUCACGCCUGCCAGCGCCGUGUUUGCAUGACCAACUGCCCGACACUCAUUGUCAUGGUGGGCCUGCCCGCCCGAGGCAAGACCUACAUCUCUAAAAAGCUGACUCGCUACCUGAACUGGAUUGGCGUGCCCACGCGGGAAUUCAACGUUGGUCAGUAUCGCCGGGACGUGGUCAAGACUUACAAAUCUUUUGAGUUUUUCCUUCCAGACAACGAAGAGGGCCUGAAAAUCCGAAAGCAGUGUGCCCUGGCAGCCCUCCAUGACGUCCGGCAGUUCCUUAGUGAGGAGGGGGGACAUGUGGCGGUUUUUGAUGCAACAAAUACUACCAGAGAGCGGAGAGCGACCAUCUUUAAUUUUGGGGAACAGAACGGUUACAAGACCUUUUUCGUUGAGUCCAUCUGUGUGGAUCCUGAGGUCAUAGCUGCUAACAUCGUGCAAGUGAAACUGGGCAGCCCUGACUAUGUCAACCGUGAUAGUGACGAGGCCACGGAGGAUUUCAUGAGGCGCAUCGAGUGCUAUGAAAAUUCGUACGAGUCUCUGGAUGAGGACCUGGACAGGGAUCUGUCCUAUAUCAAGAUCAUGGAUGUGGGGCAGAGCUACGUGGUGAACCGCGUGGCUGACCACAUCCAGAGCCGCAUCGUGUAUUACCUCAUGAACAUCCACGUCACCCCCCGCUCCAUCUACCUCUGCCGGCACGGGGAGAGCGAGUUCAACCUCAAGGGCCGGAUUGGUGGGGACUCAGGACUGUCCCCCCGGGGCAGGGAGUUUGCCAAGAGUCUGGCCAAAUUCAUCAGUGAUCAGAACAUCAAGGACCUGAAGGUCUGGACAAGCCAGAUGAAGAGGACAAUCCAGACGGCUGAGGCGCUGGGUGUACCUUACGAGCAGUGGAAGGUCCUCAACGAGAUCGAUGCGGGCGUCUGUGAGGAAAUGACCUACGAGGAAAUCCAGGAUCAUUAUCCACUGGAGUUUGCCCUGCGGGACCAGGACAAGUACCGGUACCGGUACCCCAAGGGAGAGUCCUACGAGGACCUGGUCCAGCGGCUCGAGCCUGUCAUCAUGGAGCUGGAAAGGCAAGAGAAUGUGCUGGUCAUCUGCCACCAGGCAGUGAUGCGCUGCCUCCUGGCCUACUUCCUGGACAAGGCGGCAGAACAACUGCCCUACCUCAAGUGUCCGCUGCACACGGUGCUGAAGCUGACCCCCGUGGCCUACGGCUGUAAAGUGGAGUCCAUAUUCCUGAACGUGGUGGCUGUGAACACGCACCGGGAGAGGCCUCAGAAUGUAGACAUCUCGAGGCCUCCAGAGGAAGCCCUUGUCACGGUCCCUGCUCACCAGUGACCCUGUCUCAUCCACUGUGAUCCCCGGGCAGAUGUUGAUCUCUGCAGUAAAGGUCAUUCCAGGCAUCCGGUCCACGUGACAGUCACCGUGUAAGAGCACUUUCAAAGCCAUGUGUGGUUGGUGGUGCCCAGAACCCUGCCCCAGUCCACCUGUUUCCUGUUGACAGUGAUGGGGUUGUUUGCAUCUGGUGCCUAACCUGCAGCUAAAAAUGAUUCAGCCAGACUGUGCCUGCGCCGGGUUGGUGAGAGUUUUCCCAGCACCUGGCCCUUCUUGGUGGCUUUCAUGUGUUUUUUUCUCACUUUUGGAUUGGCUUCGUGAAGUGUGAAACCCAGAAAUGGGAUGUUCCCCCCAUGGCCAAGCUGCCUGGGGUGUGUCUGGGGACCCCUGCAGGGGCCCUGCUGGCCCAUCUGUGGCAAUUCCUGAGCCAGAGGCACAAGAGGCAAGAUUUCCUGGGCUCCUGCGCUCUGCUGCCCAGGUGAGAGCCCUCUUCCUCCUGCCCUGCGAGGGACAAGGGCUUCAGCCACCACGGACACCUGGGCCAGCCAGGCUCUUGUCUGGGCCGCUCAGGGAAGCAGCCGGCUCACAGCACAGCGGGAGGCGCAGAAACAUGCAGGGAGCCCAGCAUCUGUGGUCGCCCCUGCCAGGCACGCACACUGGAGUACUCUGGGAGCCGCUGGCCAAGGCUGCCCCUUCUGGCUGCUCUCACGGCGCAACCAGGGCAGGAUGGCUGUUGUGUGCGUCACCCUUCCCGCGCACCUGCCGUCCCAUCUCCCCCACCCACCCGUCCUGUGCACUGGGGCAGGGACGUGUGUGUGCUGUGAAUGGUUUGGAGAGGCCUGGGGUCCUGUGAAGCCUGCCCUGGCAUUGGUUCACCUCCAUCUGCGGGACAGCCUGGCGGAGGCCGGAACCUGGAGGCAGCCUGUCCAGGGAGGAUUUCCCCCGACACAUCAUGUGUUUGAUUCAGUGCACAGGAGCCUGUUGAAAAUGACCUCGGGGAGUCUGCCAUCUGCCAUGCCCCUGAGUUCUUUUGGGCCCAGAGGGGCAGGCCUGGCAUCAGGUUUCGGCUUCAUUUUAUAGCAGGGCAGACUAGCCAGCAGUGGGGGCUGGGUGAGAAGGUGUCUGGAUCUGUAGUUGGAUGCCUGCCGUGCAUGGUGGGCCUGCCGGAGCCGGGCCCCAGGAUCUCAAGACCUGCAGCCCUUCCUAGGCGGCACCUGGCAGGACAGCCCACCUUCCCAGCCCCUCGGGCUUCGCCUGCAGUGCCGCCUGCCCUGGGAGGAGUCUGCCCCGGCCCUGCCGGCGGUCUCACUCGUACGUGCUGCAGCGGCUGUGGACAGACACGGUGCAGAGAUGCCCAGGCGAGGCCGGGCAGGAGCCUCCUGGACAUUUCUCCUGUCGGAGCCCCAGGGCCAGAGGACCAUGCCACAGCCUUUGGGAUGGGGGACUUCAGCCUUUGUUUCUGUGUCCACUGGAGUUUUGGUGACUUUUGGUCACAUGGACAUACUCACUUGCUAGCCAUAGUGGGUCCCUUUGGUUAGUGCACAUACAUCUGGAUGUCACCACCUCUCUGGGACCUCAGGCUGGCUGAGGUGAGGCCAGUAAGGCCUUUUUGCCCUGUGUCCAGAGGACGGUCAGGAGCUGUUGAACCUGGUGUGUCCCGAGGUCUGGGCUAGGGCAGAAGGAAGUCUGGGGUCACAGGAUGGGCUUGGGCAGCCCUCCCACCUCUGCCCCACUGGUCUCUGCGCGGGCACCACCGGUUGCUGCCAGGUUUGAGCCAUGACAGCACAAUGCAUGUGUCGUGUCGCAGGUGUUCUGCUCGCCCUGCAGUGGGUGGUGUGGGAUCUCAGCCGCACAUCACGCUGUGUCCAGCACUCUUUGCAAUAAAUACUUUUCUAAAAUCCUAAUG